AGAGAGAGGGAGAGAAAGAGAGAGAGAUGAGGACGACCAGGCAGCAGCAGGCCAGCCAGCCUGCCUUUGCCUUAGCCAUCUCAGUCUGCAUUGAACAGUGGUUGAGAUAGGAUACGUGCAUUUUCGUGCUCGCCAUUUUUAUUUGUGUGAUUGUGGCAGGACAGACGAUGGUUCAGUGUUAGUGUUGUAUUGUAUGUGAGGAAAGUUGACGGCUGGUACCCUCAACAAAAGUAGGCAACAUGGGGAGGUUGUGCACAUUGACAUUAUUAUCCACAUUCAUUGCUAUCCUUUGCAAGGAGUUAUGCUUGGCACAACACCUCGAGAACGACCUUCAGUCCCUUCUCAACGACAUUAGCGUCAACCAUUAUGCCAGCCCGGUUGAAGGUGACGAUGACUUCGAGGUGGAACUGUUUUUCCGUCCCGAUGGUGAAACCUCUGAUGGAAAGAACAGUAACAGGGCAGGACCCUUGCCUUCACCAACCUCUAGGGGUAUUGAAGGAGUGAGGAGACUGUGGGGUGUGGCUGACACAGAGACUCCCAUUGGUCAGCUCUUCUCUUAUCCAAUUCCCAAUGAUGCAUUUGAAGGAAGCGUCGUUAGAUAUCAGGUGAAAGGUCUACCUUCCUGGAUGCACUGGGACAGCCACCGAGGCGUCGUGGAGGGGGUUCCGCGGCCCGCCGACAGAGGCCACCACUAUGUCACCAAGGCCGUCGGCAAAGACGAAUCCACUGCCAAAGACGUCUUCUCCGUGGAUGUCGUCGAGAUAUCUGGUACAUCUAUGUCCCGGUCAUUGGGUUGUCGUCCAAAAGAAGAUGUCAGUGUGAUGUCCAUAGUCUUGGACACCCAUCUGCCAACAAUGGAUGCCAAGUCUAGGGUUAAAUUACUAAAAGCAGCCAGCAAGUUCUUGGGUGUAAAAGAUCUUUCGCUAAUGUCUGCCCCACGGGAUUUUGACCCCCUUGCUGAUGAUGCAGCUAUCCUGGCUGGACCAGGAAGUGCAAGAAUAGGAAUGGGAGGCAGGAGGUCUGAAAGCAUGUCCCAACUUCAGUGGCCUGUGGGAUGUAUUGGAGAAAUAAACAAGAACCAGCAAUCUCUUGUGGAUCAUGCAGAAUCAGCUGCCAAGAAUGGGGAGCUAGAGAGAAUUGUGGAUGUUCCUGUCAUUGGAUGGCAUAUAACUCAGGUAAAUCCAUCAUCCAAGAGAGUCAGAAGACAAGCAGAUUAUUCUGGUGACUACGACGACUAUGAAUACAAUUAUGAUUAUGAUGACUAUGGCACAUCAGAGGGUGGUUUCCUGACUGACUACGAUGAACCCGAGACCAGGGUUAUUCCUUCCCUGCUUACUCCUGUUUUCCCAGAUGCCACAGCAACUUAUUCUCCAGGUAAUGCGGGAGCAUAUCCUGACAGGCCUGUGGAUUACUCACCAGUCUUUCGUUCAGUUCCAAUGUCUACACCUGUCUAUGUUCCAGUAAAACCAACGAGAGUUGUUGAAGCCAGUCCUACAGUUGUUUAUGAGAGUGCAUAUCCAACCGACGUUUAUACUGAUCUGGAAGGUUCAAUCGUCACCCAUCCUUCUACAUUUGUUGAGUCAACAACACCACUCACAUAUACCACUACCUCAUCAAAGAAACCUGUUAUUCCAACAAAGCCCAUUGAGGCCACUUCUGUCCCUACUGUUGCUGUUACAACAGAGACUGCAGUCAAGAACUUCCCUCCACGUGUGAUAAACCGUAUCAAGAAACUUGCAUGGAUUGCUGGUCAUGUCUAUAACCUGCCAAUUCCACGAGAUACCUUUGAGGAUGUGGAAGAUGGAGAUACAAGUCAUUUACGAUUGCUGUUCAAAACUUCUGAGGGAUUGACAGUUGGACGUAAUUCUUGGAUUCAGUUCAACCCAACCAAGCAAACAAUUUAUGCUCUGCCUUUAGAAGAAAACAUCGGUCGCUACACAUAUAUAUUGGAAGCCAUGGAUUCAGAAGGAAAGACAGCAACCGAUACUAUUAUGAUCCAUGUGCAACAAGCAAGACAGGCACGCAACUACAACCAUCGAUUCACUGCGACGUUCAAAUUAGAAAAGAAAUAUGAAUAUGACUUUGUAUAUUCUCUUGAUUGGCAGAUAAAAGCUGUGGAAAAAAUUGCUAAUGCCUACCAGGACACUACUACGGACAACAUUAAUGUUCGGUCCAUCACACUCAAUCCAAUUAAACUGACUUGGACAAAUACUUCUCUAACAGAUCCUAAAUCAGCAGUUUGUCCUACAGAUGAAUUGGAAGCUUUAGCAGAGGUGGUGUUGGGUGGGGACGGACAUGAUAUGACCCGUGAAAUCAAGGAGGCCUUCCAGCCUGAAUUUCACAUCAAACAUGUUCACUUACAUUACUUGGGACCUUGUGAAAGGCAUUCCAGACCAUCACCGGUUGAUCAUGGUGUUCCUAAAGGACCAGUUGAGGGAGAAACUGAGCGAGGGGAGGGAGACUUCAACAGCAAGCCAAUAAUCAGGAAUCAAAUUGAUUACCUUGAUGUUCCUCAAGGAUCACUUUAUCGAUUCCAAGUACCUGCAGACACCUGUUAUGACCUUGAAGAUGGGGAUUCAAGUCGUCUGCGUAUGAGGCUUCUCAUGUCCACAAGUCUUGCGCCACCACCAUUGCAUUCUUGGCUACAGUUUGAUACCGCAAAUCAAGAAUUCUUUGGCAUUCCACUUGAGACAGAUGUUGGGAAAACAGAAUAUCUCUUGGAAUGUGUUGAUAGUGGAGGAGAGAAGGUGACAGAUGCUCUUUUUGUCAAUGUGUUAGAAAGAGAAUCUAGGAAGAUGCCACCUGUUGAAUUUUCAAUGAAAAUUGACACCAAAUAUGAAGAUUUCAUGAAGAAUGCUCACCAGAAGGCCCGUCUUAUUGAACGCAUUGGGAAAGCAUUCAAUGACUCCGAUACAAAACAAAUUGAAAUUGACAGUUUCCGUAAAGGGUCAGUAAUUGUCACAUGGUAUAAUUUAUCCUUGCCAGCAGAACCCUGCCCCAAUGAGGAGAUUAUGGAACUGAAGAAAGUUAUGGUUGAUCACAAUGGUAAUCUGUUACAAGAAUUCAUUAAUAAAUUCUCUCCUGAGUUCACAGUCACCAAUGCAUCUAUUAGGCCUACUGGUUCUUGUCUUGGUGAGGAUACUCCAAUUCAUAUUGAUGAGGAGACACACCACCCACCAGUUGAAGAGAAAGUUGAAGGAGAAGAGAAUGACUACCUCCUCAAUUUCAUCAUUCCAGCUGUUAUAAUCGCAGCCAUGUUACUUUUGGCUGCCAUCAUCGCUUGCUGCCUGUAUCGUCGCCGGCGAUACGGAAAAAUGACUAUGGCAGAUGACCGCACAUUUGUCAGCAAGGGCAUUCCUAUUAUUUUUGCUGAGGAAUUAGAUGACCGUCCUGACCCCGCCAAAAGUCCAGUGAUAAUGAAAGACGAGAAGCCACCUCUUCCACCACCAGAAUAUCAAAGAGGGAACUCACCAGCAGCUUCAUCUACCCCUCCCACUUCUGAUCGCCGCCGUCCAACUUCAGGAGAUGUUGCUGAUGAUACCCCAUCUUAUCAGCCUCCUCCUCCAUUCACUGCCACAAAUGGAGCUUCGCGUCACCCACGUCCCAACAUGCCACCCACUUACAGGAAGCCUCCAACAAAGAUGACCAUUACAUAGUUAUUAAUAGCUGGAAGUACAGCACUUGUAUCGUAGACAUGUUCAUAUGCUAAUUCACUUUCUGCUAAAAAUAGAACUUACGAGGUAUGUAUCUUCAUAUCAUUGUAACUUACAAAUUCUAAAUUUGAAUAAUCUUUAUUAUUUAAGAAGAGACCCUUUCUAUUUGUGUCACUGGUAUUGAGGGAUACGGCAACAAAUACUGUAGUGCUUUAAUAAUUCUACAUUUUUGAGAAAUGUACAUGAAAUUUUGUAUUUUUAUGAUGGGACAUUAGGAUUAUACAUGUCUGUGACAUCAGGAUCUUACAUGCCUUUAUCCUAUUAACUCACUUGUACAAAAGUGAAAACCUCAUCUUCAGUGAAAAUUUGUCAGAUUAUGCCACUCCUUGUGAAAGAAACUUGCAAUAGUGGAUAACUGUGCUUCUUAGAAUAAAUAAGUUCGUAAAAGGUCUUGUGUGGAAAUUCUUGUUAUUUUCUUGAGUAAUCAAUAUUUUUGGUACAACACAAUAUGCAUAGCUGUGUUCAGAUCUUCAUAUGUCGGUGAAUCAUUUGUGUUUAUAUAUAUAUAUAUAUAUAUCUAAUGUGUGUGUCAGUCCCAUACCAUUGAAUGGCAUUGGGAACAUGUCUUAGACAGAGACGUGUGCUUGACUGUGGAUUGGUGGAGUAGGGUUGCCAGCUCCCUGCUCCUAUGCCUUUGACAAUGUAAAUGAAUAUAUUUUUAUUUUCAGCGUUAAGCUGUUUUCCCAGACAGAGGUGGCACCAGGGAAAAAAGUAACAACAGUCAUAGCCACAUACAUAAAUGCUUUAAAGAAGGGUAUAAUCAGUAGUUAAGGUUCUCGUCUCACAAGAAUUAGGUCCCAAGUAUAGACUCCUGGGUGAUGAUGUGCUCACAACAUUGAAACCUUACAUGUCCCUGUUACCGAGCAGUGGCCUCAGUCCCUGGUAGAGAUGACUGUGUUGGUGUUAGUAGCAUUACAAGUCAUGGACUAGCAACCUCAUCCUAAAAGAUUUCCUGAGAACCAGAAGGCAAAGCCCCUUCUUCUAUUAAUCCCUCUGAGAGGUAAAGGCAUGAGGGAAGGUAUAGUAUAUAUAUUCAACUUCUAAAUCACAUGGAAAAUGUCUACAAAAUGAGCUGAUGUUCUACACCCGCACAGGCAGAUUAGCAGUAGUGCUUUGAACCCAGUGCAUAUUGCAUUGUUCCCUUACUAUCUUGUGCACACACAUGCACCCUUCCUUUCUAAUACAGUAUUUCUUCCUUUCCUUCUUUCUUCCUUACACUCCCAAAUUAAACACUUCACACAAACUUAUCGUCCUCCAUUCUUUCCAUGUGACCCAGCCAUAUCAAACAAUCUCAUUUUUUAAUACUAAGGCUGAUGAUUGUCCACCCUUAGCCUUUCUUUCUUCUCAUAACCAUUUUAGGACUAUUUCUAUAUUUUUAUACCCUUUCACCUCUUAUACCUCAUAUAUUACACAAAAAAAUACAGCUCAACAUUUUCAACCCUAUUACAUUUCAUUCAGCAGUCCCUCAUACAUUUCAUCUUGGUAUCCAUAAAUGAUACAAGUCUCUUCCCAUCUUUUUCAUACACACAUUUUGUGAUUUGCCUCAAGUCUCACAGUCAUUUAUACCAAUACAGUACUUAUAAAGCAACAACUUAAAUUCUUCCACCAUACAUGUUAAAUUGCUGUGUCAUCAUGAUUUUUGUUCACCCUUGUAAUCUUAGUCCAACUAUUCCCAUUUACACCUAAAGCUCUUCACUUGUAAAUACUUUCCGGUUCUUUUAUAAGCUACAGUUGCUCAUCACUAUCCCCAUUCAGUGCUGUAUCAUCGGUAUGCAUCAGCCAUGUGGUACUCCAUUCACAGCCUACUUUCAUAUCUUACAACUUAGCAUUUACAUCUAAUGCCCUUGUUUGGCUUUUUGCAUCACAGCAUCCAUAAUGACAUUAAAGUCAGUCAUGGAGAAGAAACCACUUCCUUUUCUCAGGUCCACUUCUAUCAUUUCCACACUGCUUUUCAAUUAAAUAUUCCUAAGCUGUGUUGUGUGUGUGUGUGUCACGAUAGCUAUUUUCCCUAACUUUCAACCCAUGUUCUUCCCACUUACUUUCUGUCAAACUCAGAUGUCUUCAAUACAUUUACAGCCAUAUUUCCAAUGUAAAGUUCUAUCCACAACUUUGCUUCAGUGAAAUAUUGUUCAGAUAUACUUACAUUACAUUCUCUCUCUCUCUCUCUCUCUCUUUUAUACACAUGCCAUUAACCCAGUGCCAGUAGGGUAAUACAGUAGGUAGUUGUAAUCCUAUUUUAGUGCCAAUUUAACAGUUUUGUAGAAGAAUAUCUUAUUUAACAUUACAGACCAGGCAAGCUACUGGCAAUUAUUGGUGAACUAAAAAUGGGUAGGUUUAUGUUUAAUGCUUAUAAAAUAUUAAUAAUUUGGCACUAUGGUAAGUCCCCUUACUGAUAGACGUAAACAAUAAUUGAUAAACGUUAUUAUAAAAUUUAUUGUACUAUACAGAAAAGUAUAUUGUUUUUACUGUUUCUGUUGAAAGAAUAAGAGCAAUUGUUAGUGCAGUUUUGCAAGAAUGAGGAAUGUGGAUUUAAGUACAGUAUCUUUUUUACCAUGGUGUGUGUAAGAAAUUGGUGUUACAACUGGUUUGAUUUCAAUAUUUUGUGUAAUAAGGUUAUCAUUCUUUUUAAAUUCCCUCUUUCCCAAGUAUGCUUGAGUGCAUUUAUGAAGAUUUCUAAUUGAUAGUUCAUUUAGUUUUAAUACAGCACAACGUUAUACUGUAGGCAUAUCCCAGUUUUAUUCUCAGAUGCAUAUAUAUAUCAACUUCAGUGUUAUAUGUUCUACUGAGUUAAUUAUUUCAAUAGAAUUUUGGUUGCACAAACUUUAAUAAUGAAAGUCUGAUAUGGAGUGAUUUAUAAUCACAAACUCCAUCAGUUCUGUAACAUGUUUAUAUACAGAUUGUGCAAUGAUGUAUAAAAGGUUUGCACAAAUAUGACUGUAGAUUAAUAUUUGUUGAAAUGAAAGAGACCAUAUGUAUAGUAUAGAAUUAAUUUUAUACAUCACACUUAAAUUUUCCUUAAGUGCCGAGCAUGGAUUAACUGUGCAGAAAGUUGUUCGGUCUUGGUAAAUUAAAUACCUCACCCACUCCCUUAAAAUGUUUCUUAAGAAAGCUUUCUUAUGUGGGUGUUAGAGUUUUAUUUAUCUUUUUAGUUGAUAUGUAAUUGUCAGCCUCAGUUGAAUUCCUGUAGUCAAUAUUUUCCUGUCUGACGUCCUAGUGUAAACAUUAAUAGUAUACACUUUUUGAUAUCGUCUCAUCCUGUAAGUUAAUUGUUUUUAUCAUUUACUGUUCAGUAGGCAAGGUUUUAUUAUCAAGGCCAACUAUUGAAGUACAGUGUGUGUGUGUGUGUGAAUGCAUAUAAACUAAAAGAAUGUGUGUUUCAGAUAGUUAUUAGGAUACUGGUAAUGUUCUGCACAUAUUUUUAAGCUUGAAUGAAAGUGAAGCUUUUUCUGGUAUUGUAGUAAAUUAACAUCGUCACUCAUCAACAGGGUAGAAAAUAGUUAAUGGCUUAAUUUUAAGUCCCGUGGCCCUGUGUAAAGUAUUAUUGCUAAGUGACAGUGUAUAAAAUAUAAAAUAAAUGGAGAUUUUUUAAAA